GUUGGUUAGCGUUAACCUACUAAGUUAGAACAGAGUUCGCUUGUGCUAGUUAUAAAACUAGCUGAAAAGCGCCUCUUUCUCGCUUAUAAACUUUCUCAUCUAAUGUCAGAAAUUAGAUAACGCUAUAAUGUCAGGAAACUCUGAUUCAUGACAUCUAACUUAACGCAAUGGACAGCAGCGUCACUGAACGACGAGAGGGUGAUGAAACUGACGGCGCAGAUGAGAGUAAAAGGACAGGAAUGACAUUUGACAUGAUCAGUGAUGCCAGUCGAAGGAGUGCCAAUGUGUCUCCUAACCUCUGGGACUCCUUAGAGUCAGAUACUGAAAGUUUAGUGCAGGAAAAAGCUUACCAGCGGGAGCUUCAGAAGCGCAUUUUGGGUGAAGACAAUGGCAAAAGCCUUUAUGCUGCAAACUCCGACAAAUAUUGUGUGAAUGUGGACGUGGAGAGGUCAGAGUAUGAAGACAGCUAUCGGGAAACUGAACAGACGCUUCCAGAAACACAACUGACUGGCACCAAGAGACAUGGACCUCCUGGCAAAAGCAUAGAAUUACCAAGACAGAGCCCUCCUGGGGACGAAUAUGCUGACUUGCGCUAUGAUCCAGACUGGAGACGAAAUCUGGCUGGGGCUGAGUUUCUCAGCCAAGUCCAGACCAGCCUGUCCCUGGAUUCCUCUGAUGAGCCUGGAGACACUGACAGGUGCCUAGAAGAUGUGACUGCAAUAGGGAGACAUGAAUAUGUAGUAGUGAGUAAUCCUGCUUUGGCAGAAAUGGAUACUUUUCAGCCUGGCCCUCCUUCAUCUUCCUUUCACCUUCACCCUCAGCAGAACCAGUUCAGUCAUGAAGACACAGCUCCAUCUGUCCCACAGAGUUUGUCUACGUCUUCAGAGAACACGCCACGUUUGAAUUCAGACAGGGCCUUCAAGGCUAGGGACAGAUUUAUCGACCACCAAAGCACUGCUGAAAUCUCUCCCUCUUCUUCUCCACGAUACAGGCAGCAGAGAGACAGUAACAAGCAAUACGACAGAGAGGAUCAAAGCAGUUCUACUGCUCGGAAAGAAAGCGAAGACAAGCUCAACUUAGCACUUCCACAGAGGAGACGUUCUCAAAAAGUUAGACAGCUCAGACCAAGAGAGGACAUAGUGGAACGUAAUAAAGCAACCUUAGGUAUGAACACUCAAAAACAAGGAUCCUAUCUGAAGGCAUAUGGACAGAGAGGAAGGAAAGAAGAAGAAGCAAAUGAGCUCUUACAGCCUUCUGUGGAAACUUCCAGCAUUGACAGCUAUGGAAGCCCAGACAAUGCCCUAGACCCAGAGCUGAUGUGGAUACAAAAAACUCAAAAACUAAAGAUCCAUAAAGAGGGUAAGCGCUCGGAUGGAAACAGGCAUCAGCUCCAUAGACCCAGACCCAACCCGAAUCCUCCUGUAGCGAGAGGUGAUUCAGAUGCAGGUCACCAACCGCAGGUUCCCACUGAAAACCAGAUGCGCUCUCCGUCUGACUCUGGCAGCAUCUCCCAUCCAGCCAGUCAACUAUCUUAUCCUUCAGCUCCAACUGUCAACCUCAGCAUCAACCUGAACGCUCCAGGAAAACUUGCUGAGGUGUUCCUUGGUCCUGAGCUACAACAGCCUGUUUACGCACUCACCCCACCUCCUCCACCACAAUGGAGGAUCAGGCCUGAUGUAUAUAGCCCACCUUUUAUACACCCUGGUUAUACCAUCCAACAGGGCUCUGCCCUUCAGCUGCCAGUAUCUGACCUAACCCCUGGGCAACUCCACAUGGGCAGUAACCAUCUCCAGGGCACUGGCAGAAGGAUCAAUGGUGAACCUAUCAGAACACACAAGAGCAGCAGUGCCAGGAUUGCUCCAAAUUGGCCACCUUUUGAAAAAGACCACAGCUUCAAGGUCCCUGAGGUGGUGCUGUAUGAUGAGGAUGGUGUAGAUUCUGCUCAUAUACACCAGGCAUACAGCGGAGGCUAUGCAGUGCUGCCCCCUAUAGGCAGGUCCAACUCCAGUGACACAGAGCUGAGCAGAGACAGAACCGAGCAAAGCCCCAAUGCUUUACAUAGGAGCAGCUCAGAGGGGUACCUCGCACAACUGGAGAAACAAAGACAACUCAAGGCUAAAACAACUUAUAAGGCUUACACGCUGAAGGACUACAUGGGCCUGAAUCAGGAGGUAAAGCUGGGAGGUCUUGGCCCGUCCAGCACCGUCUCUGAGAACGUGGCCGAGAAAAUUAGACGACAGAAGCUGUAUUCAAAUGUGAUCCGUGAACAGAACAAGAAGAUAAGUAGGAUUCCCUUUCUGCCAGCCAGGAACCCGGUGGGCAGUGACAACAAGGAUGCCUUUCCCAGGAACAAGGCUUUGGAAUAUGCCAAAACCAUUGCAAAGCCCAAAGCACCUCAGCAGUGGAGGGAGAAGCCCAAAGAGAAGAGUGAGAAUGAGAGCGUGUUUGAGCGCUCUGCGUAUCUCCAGUUAGGAGUGGAUCUCUCACAGCUGGCUACUCUGGAGAUGCUGAGGAAACGGCAUGAGCAGGAGAAACAGAUGGUGGCACGCUUCACCAGCCUCCACCCUGCUUCAUCCACACCAUCUGUUAACACUCUCUGAACAGGUAGCCAUUGCUUUGAACUGUGGAACCCAUAAGCUAAUAA